GUAAUAAAAACAUUUUUUUCUCUUAUUCACACACACUGACACGCGCGCGUAUAUAAAUAAUUAAAAAUAAUAAAAGCUCUGACCAUUAUAUAUGACAUGUAUCACAUAAAUUGUAUACCUAUAUAGUAGUUCCCGGUAAACAGUUUAAUGGGAUAUUUUUUUCUUUCUUUCUAUACUGUAAACAGAGACAACUGCUCCAGUAUCCCAUCCCUGACAACGGUUGCUAGGGCGCCGCCUACGUCAUCAUCCCUUCGAUUAUUACGUUCGGCACCCGACUACCCUCUUGGGUGUGUAGAUAAUAUUACGUUAACGUAGUAAUUUUUACUAUUUUAAAGCAUGUAUACUCAAAUCAUUUACAUACACCGAUGUUUUACGGCCAUUGUUUUGGUGAAAAGAAAAUGUUAUCGCGUUUGUUGUCGCGAAUAAGCCGACGUCGCGGUUAACACGGCAGCUUCCAGCGGGACGUCUGUAACGCGAAAUUAUACGCCGCAGCAGUGUGAACAUAUACUGCAGUUAUCUAUGUGAUUCGAUAAACGACUGUGAGUAUACGCGCUUAUAUCAUAUUAUGUUGGACGUUAAUUUAGAACUGUUUUCUCCGUGUUAUGCGACACGCAUUAUUUUUGAUCAGAUUGUAUAAUAGAGAUUGUGGUAUUGUCCUUCAAAGGCAAAUUCUAAAAGGAAUGAUCAUAUACUUGUUAGAUAUCUCAAUAGUUUUAAUGAGUAUUUUACAAGGCACAUCGUGUAUAAAUUGCUUUAAAUGUUCAUCUUUGAAUGGAAGUAAUGCAAAUUGUGAAGAUCCGUUUAACCCUGCAAUGUCUACAUACAUAGAAAAGUGCAUGGUUCCAAAAAGAGGUCAUGUAGGAAUGUUUCCAGCAAAUUUUUGUACUAAAAUCAUUGGGAGAAAUGUGUUGACCCAUGAAAUUAUGGUCAUCAGACAAUGUGCCAUGAAAACUAUGGACUCUCAGUGCGGUGAAUUCAAAUACCAAGAUCACACCAUGAACGGAUGUAUUCUGACCUGUGAUUUCGACGGGUGUAAUGCAGGACAAAAUAAUAAGCCUAAUACCAUGUUACAAAUUACGCUUUCUGCGCUGCUACUAGUACUAACAUCAUACUAUAUCAACAAAACUAUUGAAUGUUUUCAAAUUACUUAGAAUAAUUAUUUGACAAAAAAUCAAAUAUCUAGCUUUUCAAUGUAUAUUUUAUAAUUGUUAAGUAAUUCAUCCAUUCUUUAUUGUUAUGAUAUUAUUAUUAUUAUUAUUAUUAUUAUUACAUUAUUACAUAAUAUACAUAAAAGUUAAAACUGAAAUAGGGACGAUAAUAUCACGUAACCUUAUUUUUUUAAAAAAUUAUUAUAAAUUACAAUACAACUAUGUGUUCUUAAUACCGUUCUUCCCGAUUCCCGUCAUUAAUCUAUCAUCUAUAUUUAUCUACCAUAGUUCAUAUUAUUAUUAUUAUUGAAAAUAUCGAGCGUUUAAUCUUGUAUUUUCUUAGACUUAAAACGAAUGAUGUGUCAACUGUCAAGUGCCAUUAUAAUAAUUGUUUUUAUGUUAACUAUUAUGCAACAUUCGAUACCUACAGGUUGCUGGCCUGGUUAGGUAUACUUAUUUGGGUUCAUAAUAUUAUAUUAUAAUAAACAAGCUUCAAUAUAAUUCUAUUAUUUUUUUUUUUAAAUUUUCAAUCCUUAUUUUGCUAAAUUCAUUAUACGAUUAUUAUAAUAUUAUGGUUAAUAUUGGUUAUGCUAAUAUAAGUUAGUCAUUUAAGUAAAUCAACGCUGUGAUUAUUUUGAUCUAAAUUGUAAACAUUUGAUUACCUGGUUAUUAGAAGGAUAAAAAUUGUUAUUGAAUCGAGCAAAAUUAUGAUUUUAAAUAUUUAUAGUUUACAUUUGUUGACUAGUAGGUAUUGUAGACGAUAUUGUGUCCAUAAUCAAAAGUAGGAGUAUAUUAUAAUGUACGUAGUAUUUAAUUGCUAUUUAAUUAAUUUACUUUCAUAGUUUAUCCUAUGAAUUCUUUGGAAAUGUUAUAUUACAGUUAUUUAUAAUUAAAGUUAUUUUAUUUGUUUACUGUAUUUUGCUAUUUUUUAUUCGUUUAAAAACUAAAUAUUGAUUAAAAUAUAGAAAAAAAAUUAUUCUGACUUAA